AUGUUAUUCCCCUCAGCAGUCUCUUUUGCGCUCUCGCUUGCCUGUUUCGCUCCGUUCACAAACGCUCUCAAUAAUGUGACGUCGCUCAUGGGAACUUGGUCAUCUAAGUCAAAUACUGUAUUCACGGGACCUGAUUUCUAUGAUCCAGUUACAGAGGACAUGAAAGAGCCUCGUUUGACAGGCACAUCGUUUUCUUUCACAGAUGAUGGCUACUUUGAAGAGGCGAUAUAUUUAGCUAUCGCAAAUCCCACACAUCCUUCUUGUACCCAGGCCAUCAUGCAAUGGCAGCAUGGGAAAUAUGAUAUCGCUUCGGAUGGCUCUUUGACCCUUACGCCGAUAAAAGUCGACGGGCGACAACUUCUAUCAGAUCCGUGCAAAUACACGAAUUCUAUAUACACUAGAUACAAUGCUACAGAAAUUUACAAGAGCUGGGAGAUUGUACUUGAUGAAUAUCGUGGGAUGCACCGCCUAAAUCUUUUCAAAUUUGACGGCUCUCCGAUGAACCCACUUUAUCUUGCGUACCGUCCACCUCAAAUGUUACCAACUCAAACGCUGAACCCUACAUCUUCAGUCGCCCCGAAAGCUACCGAGGCCUCAAAAAUGAAGCUGAAGCGAUCUCUACCACCCAACCUAAAGAGUGCAGAACAUAUUAAUGCGGAUAGAUGGUGGUGGAUUGGGGUCGCCUUGACCAGUAUGGGGCUGCUUGGAUAUUUCUGUGUCUAA